GCGGCGCUCACACAAUUUCGGCAAUUCAUUCGUCUGUUAACCGUCUGUGGCGUUGCCAUGUCGUUGUCUCGUUGUCGUUCUAGUCGAACGUUGACGUUCUCAUUCGCAUUCGUAUGUUGAGAGGAAGUGGGCGCGCGACAGCGGCAGCAGCAUCAGCAUCUGAAGAGCAUUAUCACAACAGUCAGUUGAUAGUCAAAGGGGAAAAUAUUAUUGCAUAUUGUUGCAGCGUUUGCUUUUGCUCAGCAUCAUCAGCAUCAACGGCAACGGUAAACGUUUUUAUGGCUCAAACAACAGCAGCAAAAACAUCGAAAAUAUUUUCAGUUAGUGGAAUAUAAAUGUGAAAACCACUUGCACGAACUAAUACUAAAAAUAAAUUAAAGACAUGAAAUGGUAAAAAUAAAACUAAAAGCAUACUGAAACGUUGUGGCAGCAGUAGCAACAAGAACACCAGCAGCAGCAGCAGCAGCAGCUAAGCGACGCGGUCUUCGCUGUAGCCGCAAAAAAGAAAAAAAAAUACAAAUACAAAAAAUGAACAAAAUUAAAACGCAGCCGCUUGGAGCAAGAAAAAACCCAAUCAACGGGCAAACAACAACAAUAAUAACAACAACUGGAACUACAACAAUAACAACGCAAAAUUUAGAAGAAGAAAAAACAGAAGCCGCAUAGGAAAACGACAACAAGUCCAGCAGCGGCAGCGACGUCGCCUCCAUAAUAACAUUAUCAUUAACAACAGCAGCAGAAGCAGCAGUCGAAGCAGCAGCUAAGCGAGUGGGCGUCAGUUUUUGGGGACUGGCAAGGACAGCGCGACGUUGACGUUGACGUCUCUGCCUCUGCCUCCGCCUCCGUUUUGCUUUCUUCGUCUCUCUGGCAUCGCACGGUGCGCGGGCAACAUUGGCGAAUCAAUUUCCCGUUGCGGUGGCCGUUUCAGUUUUGGUUUCAACGUCGCUAGCGCCACGCGUGUCGCGAAUCCCUAAUGGCGCUCCUCCUUCACGUCUCCACCGUCUUCAUCGCCGUUGUCGUCGGUAACUGUCGAGAAAAUUAACGCAAGAUCAAGCGAAACCAAGACCGAGAAACCCUUAAACGUGGCCGUGGCCGUGAGAGUUGCGCAAGUUAAGCAAACAGCCAGAAAACAAAUAAACCAAAAAAAUAGAAAAUAGAAAAAAGCGCAAAAUAGUAAAAGAUAAAAGUGAGAGCAAGAAAAGUUAGUGUUCAAGUCCGUGCCACGAGUGAAAGUCUAGCCAAGUGGCAGUCAUGCAGUGCUUGGAGCUCAGCCAGUUGCCCGCGUUGCCAACCGCAGCGGCAACGACAACAAUGCGGCACAGAACAAGCGCCACAAGGAUACGCAAAAGACUUGGCUGCCGUCGCUGUCGACCAGCCGAAGCAGACACACAAACAGAGGAGACACAUGGCAGUGGAAGUGGAAAGCGUACAACGACUACAGCAAGCAAUCCCAGUCUCAAUCUGAGGCUGAUCGGCACGGCGGCUGCACUUACAGCAGCUGCUUUGCUGCAUACAACGAAUGCGCUGUCCGCAACAUCGUUCGGUGUUGCCGACCCCGUCGCACUGCCCCUGCAAGGCACUGCCACGCCCACGCCAACGACAUUGCCCAUGCCAGCGCCCGCCACAUACGAACUAAACACAUCAUCACCGCUAAGCAGCACAGCGGUCAGCGUCGCAGCAAACAGCAGUCUAGCACAGCAGGAUGCUGACUGUAAGUCGGCAGUUGACUUCGAGGAUUGGUUCGAUGGCGUCUUUUGGGUGCUCAAGGCAUUCGUGAUGCUGUUCAUCAUCAUUGCGGCCAUCUGUGGCAAUCUGCUUGUUAUUAUUUCUGUGAUGCGUGUUAGAAAAUUAAGAGUUAUAACGAAUUACUUUGUAGUUUCCUUAGCCAUGGCUGAUAUAAUGGUCGCUAUUAUGGCCAUGACAUUUAACUUUAGUGUGCAAGUAACUGGGUGCUGGAACUUUAGCCCAUUUCUGUGCGAUCUGUGGAACAGUUUGGAUGUGUACUUCUCAACAGCAAGCAUUUUGCAUUUAUGCUGCAUAUCUGUGGAUAGAUACUAUGCGAUUGUUAAGCCGCUCAAGUAUCCGAUUUGCAUGACAAAACGUGUGGUUGGCAUUAUGCUGUUAAACAUAUGGAUACCGCCAGCGUUUCUAUCAUUUCUGCCCAUUUUCAUGGGCUGGUACACAACCGAUGAGCACAAGAUCUAUGUUCUAGCGAACAGCACUCAAUGCACAUUUGUGGUUAACAAGUACUAUGCCAUCAUCUCGAGCUCGAUAUCGUUCUGGAUACCGUGUACCAUCAUGAUUUUCACCUAUCUGGCAAUUUUCCGUGAGGCCAAUCGUCAGGAGAAGCAACUGAUGAUGCGUCAUGGUAAUGCCAUGUUAAUGCACCGACCCUCAAUGCAGCCAUCAGGCGAGGCGCUGAGUGGCUCGGGCUCAUCGAAAACGUUGACACUGCAUGAGGUCGAGCAGGAGCACACCCCGACAAAGGACAAACAUUUAAUCAAAAUGAAGCGGGAGCACAAGGCCGCACGCACCCUCGGCAUCAUCAUGGGCACCUUUAUACUCUGCUGGCUGCCAUUCUUCUCAUGGUAUACGCUCUCCAUGACUUGCGGCCCGUGUCAGGUGCCCGAUAUUGUGGUAUCUAUACUCUUCUGGAUUGGCUACUUCAACUCCACACUCAAUCCACUUAUUUACGCCUACUUCAAUCGGGAUUUCCGAGAGGCGUUCCGCAACACACUGCUCUGUCUGUUCUGCAAUUGGUGGAAGGAUCGCCACAUGCCGCUCGACAUUGACAUUCGACGCUCGAGUCUGCGCUACGAUCAGCGGGCCAAGAGCGUGUACUCUGAGAGCUAUCUGAACUCGACCACACCAUCGCAUCGCCGUCAGUCUCAGCUGCCUGAGAACUUAUAAUACAGGGACGAGGCGCUGCUGACGCCGAUUGCCCAGCAGCAGCAGAGAUUGGCAGCCGGUGGCUAUAGUGCCCCAGGUGCUGGACUUGGCGCCAGCGGCGGCGGCGGCGGGGGACUUGGCGUUGGAGCCAGAGGAGCAGGUGGCGCCGCAGCCAAACCGAAUGUGGGUAACCUAUCAGCCGAGGAUGUGCAGGAGAUACAGAUUGAAAUACCCAUGGAGUAUAUCAACAAAUGGAACAAGAAUAAUAACGCAGCAUCUGCCACAGCCUCCAGUCACGUAUAAGAAACAGAACGAGUUGAGUCGAGCUGAGCUGAGCUGAGCUACAACUGAGCUGAACUGAUGACAACGACAAUUCAGAGAGUGGCGAAAGUUGCGUCAAUCGAAUAAAUGCAAUUACAGUUUUCCAUUAAUGUUUCUGUUUCCGUUUUCUUUUUUUUUUUUUUGUUUUAAAUUAAUAUGCUGCUUGCAUUCACCAUUGUACAUACUAUUUAAGUCAACGUUAUGGAAUCACUCGCCGAGGCGUGCUAUUUAUUUUGGCCAUCAGUGUACAUAGUGCACAUUAUACUUGUACUCGUUAAAACUUGUUGUCUGUUGUUGUAUUUUAUUUUUUCGUAAUUUAUUAUUUUCCUUUACACUUUACAGAGCUUUAAUUUAAUGCUUGUGACCUUAAAAGAGCACGGCCAAAAAAAACACAAAAGUGUAAAAAGAAAAAAUACACUGCAUCAUUUCGUAUUUAUUAUUUAUUUUAGUUGUGUACUCGAUGUAAAUAUACUUAAUAUGUUUUUUUUCUUUUGUGUAUAAAUUGUACAAUUAAAUUAUAUUAAGCUCAGGUUGUAAAAACGAACAUUUCUAUGCCUAGCAAAACUCAAAGUCAAAUCUUCAAAUGAGAGUUUGCGACAUCAUUCACAGGGCAAUCAAAACAUUGAGCUAAGCAUGGCAUGAGACAACCAAACCUAAGGAAAUACAGAAUAAACCAAAACUAAAUUUAAAACAAAACAAAAAUUUAACUGUGCCAAUUAAAUAAAAACUAACCAGAAACUAUAGAAAAUGCGAGCGACUUGCAUGAAAAACCAAAAAUAAUAGAAGCAAAAAAAGAGUUUUGGCAAUAUUCGUAAAAUAAACAAACAAAUCAUAGGAAUACAAGCAUAGAUGGCACACGAAAAACAAAAAAAAAAAAAAAAGAAAAAACAACAAUUAAAUUGAUGAAAAUAAGAUUAGAAAUAAUUGUAGUAGAAAUUCGGCAAAAUGAUGCUAUUUGAACGACAAUCGCAUGCAAUAAGAAUGCUCAACAAAUAUGAAUAUAAAUCAUAGAACAUUUCAUAGUUAAACCAAAAAAUAACGAAAAGAAAUACAAAAUAGAAACCAUAAAUUUAUAGAGUUUAAAACUGUGGCAGACAAAAUCAAAAGUAAUCUAGUGAAAUUUAAAAGUAAAGUAAACGCUAUUCUAGUUCAAAUGCAUCGAUAUUGAUAUUUUGUUUCGGAUAUUGAUAUCGAUAGUUAUGGUUAAUUGCAAAGAGCAAAGUGUAUUUGUGCUAACUUUAAAUUAAUGUGCAAAGUGUUAAAUGUGCAAUUUAUCUGCGUUUGUGUGUGUGUGUGUGCUAAACUGUGCGUAUUGAAUAUCAUCGUCAAGGCAAAAGGCAAAUGCGUUGCAGUUCCUGGAAUUAAGUUGACUGUGUAGCCUGUAAGAGGAAGGCUUGUGCGUUGCUUCCAAAGUCAGCAACUUGAUUCCAGCAAUUGCGGCACAAGCUCAACAUUGAAACAGUGAAUCUGAAUACUAUGAAUACGAAUACAAUUUAAACUCUCGCAUCAUUUGAAUAUAAAAUGUACGGCAUUACACUCGCUCCUUUGUUAUUCAAAUUGUGAAUAAAAUAACCAAACCGAAAUAACAACAACAAAUCGAAACUAAAAGCCAAGCAACAUUUCGCCAUUGUAUUUAGUAUUUAUGGACACUAUUCUUGUUAUUAUUAUUACUACUACUACUACUCUUGUUGCUAUUAUAAUUUGGAAAACACUUAAAUUGAACAAACUGGAAUCCAAACAAAAAUGAAGCUUCUUAUUGUUCGAGCAUAAAAUGCGAAUAUAAAUGAAACAUGUAAAUUAUUUAUGUUGAAAGCCACAAGAAUUCUGUUGUUUGCUUCGAUACUAGUCCAAACCCCCCAAACCCCACCCGCAACCAAACAAAGAAGCAGGUGAAUAGAGAGCAGAAGGCAAAGAAAGGAGAACCCACAAAAAUGCAAGGCAAUAUAUUAUAUAUUAAUAAAAUAGCCAAAGCUCUUUAUGUGUACACUAGUAACAUGUAUUCAUAGGCAUCAAAAUGUAAAUGCAUAUUGUAUAAUAGUUGUAUGA